GGCCUGGUGGAGAGAAAAAAAAGUCAGCAACGAUCAGCUGUUAAUGUUCCACAACAAUAACAAAAGGAUCAGUCUGAACCGAGAGAAAGGAAGGUUUUGUUCAAGCUAAAGGGUCCAGGAACUGAUGUUUCUUCUGAGAAGAAAAUCUUAUUUUUGUUUUUCUACCUCAAAGUGUAAACUAUCCUUCAAGAUUGUAUCUACCUGUUUACAGAAAAGGGCUUUGCACAAGUGAUCUGAACUGUGAACGAUCUUCAACAAGCUUCCCUGAGACGAAAUUGUACACCUAUGCACUUUAAUAUCUUACCAACUGUCUGUCUGAGCAGCUCCAGUAGCUGACUUUGAGUGAUUCCAGUUUUACACAGAAAAACAGUUUAUUUGCUGAAGCCUUUGUUUCUUAACAAUGUUCCAGAGGUUUACCAGCACUCUUUUUGGACAUGUUGAUGAUGGAAAUAACUCUAAAACAGAGCCUGAUUUUAAUGAAAAGGAGGAUGAUGACGAAUGGAUUCUUGUUGAUUGCUUAGUCGAUGCUUGCAUUAAUACCUCUAGAGAAGAAGUGGAUGUCUAUGAGAAGGACGCUUCUUCAAUGGACUGCCCGGCCCUUUUCUCCUCCUCCUCUUCUCUAGAGUUCACUGGUGACCCCAGUGACCCUGUCUUUCUCCAGCUCGACUGCUGUGCUUUGGAGGAGAGCUGGUUUAUUACCCCUCCCCCCUGCUUCACUGCAGGUGGACACACCCCUGUCCUGGUAGAGGCCAGCCCCAUGGAGAACCUCCUCAUCGAGCACCCCAGCAUGUCUGUGUAUGCUGUAAACUUCCGCCACGGCGUGAAGGAGACCGCAAGGAGGUCGAGGUCUGCAGAUAAGUCAAUUCUCAGGGUGGAAGCACAGUGUAAAAGGGGCCAGCCUUUUAGCUGCUAUGCAGCUGCGAUGGCAGCACACUCCGGUUUCCUUGAACAAACCAAGCACACACGGCUCGCUCGACGCACCAAGGAGAACAUAGAGAGACUCCACUUGGCCCGUAACGCCCUUCGUCGCCAAAAUCUUGCCAAGGAUUCUCGCCAAGCUAAACAACGUGGAUUCUUGGUACACCAGCCCAGCCAGAGGCAGUUCAACUAUUGAUGGUGUACUAAGCUAAUUUGUCUCCAUGUUUGUGUCUGUAACAAAGAUAUAAUCAGAUUUCUUUUUUUUUGUCAUCAGCUCGUAGGUCACAUUACUUAGUCUGCCAAUAUAAAAUGUUUAGAGUUUCACACUAUUUUUAAAAUGCUGGGUUUAAUAUCACUAAAUCCUUUGUUAAAAUGGUGGACUUUUACUGUGAUAUAUAUAUAUAUAUAUAAAAUCAAAAAAUAUUUUUAAAAAGAAAAAAGUUUACACAAAAAAAUCUGUCUCUGUCAGUAUGAACUUGGUGUACAUGUGAUAAAUAUUAAUGUUUGUUUGUUUGUUUGUUUAUAUGUAUGUAUGGGGCACUCUUAACAUAUUAACAUGGUAUGCAUGACUAUGUGUAAAAAUAGUGUCCAGAAAAGUGAAAACAAAAACAAAAGUGUUCCAUUCUGUUUUUCAUAAUUACUUGUUUUUGAUUUAUGAUAAAUUUCUCAGGGUCAGAACGUUUCAGCUGUACAGCUUAUGAAUUAUUUGACUGCAGUUCAAUGUGUAAAUAAACCAUCCAAAUUUCACAUACAUUUUCUGGUAUGAAAUGUAGUUGUAUUGUGUUUGACAUAUAACUUUAAAAGCAUGUAUCUUUAUAUGUAAAUGAAAAAAAAUGUGUGCAUUGGCCUAAGGACUUGAGGAAUUACCAUGGUUUUUUUCAAAAACGUUGACUGAAUCUGAUGAGAGAACAUUGUGAUGAUUUUUUUUUAACAAAUUAUGUUAACAAAAAGUAGUAAACCACUUAUAAUUAUAGGUUUCUAUUUUCCACAUUUUUUAUUCUGUAUAAUGUGCUUUUUAAUGUUUAAAAGCUGGGAUCCAAUGGUUGAAUUAUACAGAUCUGACUAUUUAAACUGGUAUCACAGAGUAUUCACCUCCAUUUUUAAGAAUUGUAGUUUAUUCAGACUACUCAGCGACUUGGGACUACAUUGGAAGGAUAGACAGAACAUUGUGCCUGUCCAAAAAAAUAAUUAUUACUUCUAAACAUGUUAACCAAUGGAGCCCUGAUGAAACUGUAAAUGUGUUAUGCCUCUGCAGCAAUGCAGGUAUUUAUGUGUUUGAUUUAAAUAAGUACAUUUUGCUUUCAGACAAACAUGUUUUUAUUUUGGUUAAAGGUACCAGAUACAAUUGUUUCAUACUUGCGAAACAUGCUCUACACUAUUUUUGUGUUUGUUUGUUUGUUUGUUUUUAUUUACCAUGGUUAAUCUGUAUUAAGUGCUAAUCUGUUGUAUUAUGUAUAACUUUAGUGUGUGUGUGUGUAUAUAUAUAUAUAUAUAUAUAUAUAUAUAUAUAUAUAUAUAUAUAUAUAUAUAUAUAUAUAAUGUGAAUAUACAUGAAUGGAGCAAGUUAGAAUAGUUACUGAUUUGUAAUAUGUUUGUACAUUCUGUUCACAGAAAUCAUGUUUUUACUUUCUCUUAAAGCAUUGUUGUAACUUAAGGUCAAAAGAGACAAAGGGAAUGGAAGACCACAUUCACAACUGAACUGUUACUAUAUGUUGCUUAAAGGAAACUUUAUUGAGUUGGUAUUAAAUAAGAAUAUUGCCUUUCAUUCUGUCAUGGACAAUGUGCCUUUCAGGUUAACAGUUUUUAACAGUGCACCAUAAUGAAGAACUUGAACUGUCCAAAGGGACAACACAAAUGAAAGCAACAUAAUCAACUAUGCACAAAAGGCAGCUUGUUCCUCGAGUCACUUUUUCUGUACAGCUUUAAUAUACAAAAUGUAGCAGAUCUUUUUUAUUAUUAUUAUUACUAUUGUUGAAGUGUGAAGAUAAUUGAACUGUUUGUAUUGUGGCAUUUCUAGCCAAGUAGUGGAUUUUGCUUGAUUGACUGUUUACCGGUAUAAUACAGCACUUUGCCAAAAAGUGUAGGGUUGUUUUUAGCAUUAACUGUUAUUUAUCUACUUGCUGAUCUCAUACUUUUUUGAACAGUUGAAUUGUGCCAUUUGCACUACCUGAAACUUAACAUGUAAAAAAGUGUUUUUUUUUAAUCAGAAAAUGUGCAAGCAAGAAAGAGAGAUAAUCUGUUUCAAAACUUUAAUCCUUUAACCAUGGUUUGUGUAAUUGUUACGUAAACAUCCAAUUGUCAAUAAAUUUACCGUUUAUAAAAAUAAUAAAAAAAAUACAAAGUUUGUCCCCUU